UCUCCGCAGUGCUCGCCCCCGUGUCCCGUGCCUGCGCUCUGCUCCGUUCUCCCGGUGCCGCCUCUCCUCCCGGUGAUACAGGCGGGAGUCCCCGCAGUCCGGCUCCACACAUCUCCUCAGCACUGACCGGCCCCGGACCCGCUGUCUCCCGUCCUCUCUCUGCCGUAUCGGGCGCUGGAAGAUCCCGCAUCCCGCCUCCAUCCUUGUGCCUGGAACCGGCCCGGUGCUGCGGUGUCCCAGCCUCCUCUGCCCCGCUCUCCCGACCGCCCGCCCCGGUAAUGGGGCCCCCAGUGGGCCCCGGGCUGCUCCUGCUCCUCCUCGGAUCCCUGCGGUUCUGUGCGGCCAAAUAUGUGCGGGGAAACCUGAGCACCAAGGAGGACUGGGUCUUCCUCACACGAUUCUGCUUCCUGUCAGAUUUUGGACGCCUUGAAUUUAGAUUUAAAUAUCCCGAGGCUAAAUGCUGCCAGAACAUCCUGCUGUAUUUUGAUGACCCAUCUCAAUGGCCGGCUGUGUACAAGAAGGGGAACAAGGACUGUCUGAUGAAAGAGUCUGUCAUCCGACCUGAGAACAACCAAGUCAUUAACCUUACCACACAGUAUGUUUGGUCCGGUUGUCAGGUGAUAAAGGAGGCUGGACAGAGCUACCUGAGCUGCAACAGCGGGAGAAGCUUCCGAUCCGUCCGUGAACGAUGGUGGUACAUAGCGCUGAGCAAGUGUGGGGGGGAUGGGCUGCAGUUAGAAUACGAGAUGACCCUGACCAAUGGCAAGUCAUUCUGGACCAGGCACUUUUCGGCAGAUGAAUUCGGUAUCUUGGAGACCGAUAUCACCUUCCUUCUGAUCUUCAUCCUCAUCCUCCUUCUGUCCUGUUACUUUGGCUAUAUACUGAGAGGACGGCAGCUCCUACACACCACAUACAAGAUGUUCAUGGCUGCCGCUGGAGUAGAAGUGCUCAGCCUGGUCUUCUUCUGUGUAUACUGGGGACAAUAUGCACAGGAUGGUGUGGGGAGCCCCAGUAUUAAAGUACUAGCCAAGCUGCUGUUCUCCGCCAGUUUCCUGAUCUUCCUGCUGAUGCUGAUCCUACUAGGGAAAGGAUUCACCGUGACCAGGGGACGUAUAAGUCACUUGGGCUCCAUCAAGCUGUCGGUCUACAUGACGCUGUACACGGUGACUCACACGGUGCUGUUCAUACAUGAGGCCCAGUUUUUUGAUCCAGCUCAGGUCCUGUACACGUACGAAUCUCCGGCAGGUUAUGGAAAUAUUGCCCUCCAGUUUCUGGCCUACAUAUGGUUCUGUUAUGCCGUCUUAGUGACACUCAAGCAUUUCCCCGAGAAACAGGCGUUUUACGUCCCCUUCUUUGCAGCUUAUACACUCUGGUUCUUUGCGGUGCCCGUCAUGGCUCUAAUAGCAAAUUUUGGAAUCCCUAAAUGGGCUCGUGAAAAGAUUGUCAAUGGGAUCCAGCUGGGAAUACACCUAUAUGCGCAUGCUGUUUUCCUGAUAAUCACCAGGCCGUCUGCAGCCAAUAAGAACUUCCCUUAUCACGUGCGCACCUCCCAGAUUGGGAUCAUGGAGCAGAGCACAGAGAAGUUCCCCCAUCAUGUCUAUGGGAAUGUCACAUUCAUCAGUGACUCCGUCCCAAACGUCACCGAGCUGUUCUCCAUUCCCAGCAGCAACGGCAAUUCCGGAGGGAUCAAUAAACCGGUUCAGUAUCCAGUGACCAUGGGUCAGUGCUAUUCCCAGCUGACCUCCGACCCUCAUCAUGUCAUCACCCCUCCAUCACUGAACGGAGCUCCAGGAAUCCAGAAAGUGCCAGUCGGAGAGACACAACUCGGGGGACUCCAACAACUUCACGCCCCCCAAAUUCAUCAUCAGAACGGAUUCCCUGAAUAUUUCAGUAUACGCUCAGCGGGCCCUCAGCCCAUAUAGAUACUAUAAGGAGAAAACUGCAGUCCUUGUUGAGCCAAGAUGGGCCCUAGGGAACCUCCGGACUGACAAACCAUAGUUUCAUAGGGCUGACUUCCUGAGCCAGAAACCAUAGUGUGAAUGUGAGCGUGUGCUCGACAUGUAUUACCAGAGUGUGUAUAAAUGUGUUUAUACCGACAUAUCCAUGUGUAUAUAUUUUCAUACUUCUUUAUGUAUGUUGGUGUGUGCAUGUACAUAGAUAUACAUGACAACAAAUAGUUAUGUGCCUACGUAUGUUGAUAUGUGCCUCUGCCUCGGCUGCCGUCUCUCACAUGAGCAGUGUUUUAGAUUUCCGGACUCCUGUCUGUAAUGUCCUUUUAUUCUUUCUGACUGAUUUGUUUAACUUGUGCUCAUAGUUUUGUCUUUCCAUAUCCUCUUUGUAUCGCCUAAAGGGGUACUCCGCCCCUGGUCAUCUUAUCCCCUAUCCAAAAGAUAGGGAAUAAGACGUCUGACUGUGGGGGUUCGGCCGCUGGGACCCUGGGAGGAUGCAUGAUGAGUGACCACAGCCGUCGCACCCCCUCCCAUAGGCAUGAAUGAAGGGGGCGUGACGUCACUACCAAGGCCGCCCGAACUCUGCGAUGUGAACAAAAAUGUUCAGAAUGCUGGAGUGCCGCCCAGAGAUUGUGGGGGUUCUCAGCGGUCGGACCCCCCGUGAUCAGACAUCUUAUCCCUUUAUCCUUUGGAUAGGGGAUAAGAUGUCCAGGGGCGGAGUACCCCUUUAAAGGGGUACUCCGUCCCUAGACAUCUAACCCUUAUCCAAAGGUUAGGGGAUAAGAUGUCUGAGCCGCUGGGACCCUCGUGAUCUUUGUGGAGUACCCGACAUUCGUUUAAAAUGCUUGGAGCAGGACGCGGGGGGUCGUGAAGUCACUGUCACGCCCCUCGUGACGUCACGCCACGCCCCUUCAAUGUAAGUCUAUGGGAGGUGGCGUGGCAGCCGCCACGCCCCCUCCCGUAGACUUGCAUUGAGGGGGCGUGACGUGACGUCACGGCCCCCCGCCGCCUGCUCCAAACGUUAGGAACAAAAUGUUCCGAACGCUGUGGCAACAGAGUACCCCUUUAAUACCUUCUGCAUUGUAGCCUCUUGCCAGCUGUCAUUGUCUACUGUAUGUGCUUAUGAUGCAGUCUUAUGGUUCUCUCUCUUCAAUCUGUUUCAUAUUGUAUCUGUAAUUUCAAGGUACACCUUUCCACGGUUCCAUGAAUCUUUGUGUUUCGAUUCUAUUUAUGUACGGCUCCCAUACCUUUCCAUUCCACUGGUUUGUCAUGCUCUAGAUCCCCUCGUAAAUGAGUUUUGAGUCUUCUAGAUCUCUAUUUAGAUUCUUCAAUUACUUUUUCUCAAAAAUCAACGGUAGCCGCAUCGCUGUUCCGACCUUACGUAUCUAUAACCGUCUGAUCUCACUGUAGACUUCUCUGUCUGUCAUGUUUUUCAGAAUUUCUCCGUCUUAAACUGUGACCCUCCAGAUGUUGCAAAACUUCAACUCCCAGCACGGCUGUCCGAGCAUGCUGGAAGUUGAUGUUUUGCAAAAUCUGGAGGACCACAGUUUAAGACCACUGGUCUAUUUCAAUGUUUUUGGUACAAAAAGGAGUACUCCACCCCCAAACAUCUUAUUCCCUAUGGGAUCGGGCAGUGUUUCCCAACCAGGGAGCCUCUAGCUGUUGCAAAACUACAACUUCCAGCAUGCCCGGACAACCGAAGGCUAUCCGGGCAUGCUGGGAGUUGUAGUUUUGCAACAGUUGGAGGCACCCUGGUCGGGAAACACUGGGAUAGGGGACAAGAUGUCUGAUUGCGGGGGUCUGUUCGCUUGGACCCUGCCCCGAUCUCCGUCGUGCACCCCAGUCAUCCAGUGCCACAGCCGUGAUUGCCCCCUCCGUUAAAGGGGUACUCCAUUGGAAAACAUUUUCUUUUAAAUCAACUGGUGCCAGAAAGUUAAACAGAUUAGCAAAUUACUUCUAUU